GAAACUAUAAAACAUGUUCACCUUUUCAACUUCGAUAAAACGUAUAACCUAGCCUCAGUAGAAGCACUGCUGGUAGAGACAAAAGCUGAAGAUAAGCUCGGUUUCAAAUUGUCGAUUGAGAAGCAUGAGUUGGAUCUUUCAAAGAUGUCUGAAGCGUGCGAGAGCACAAUUCCUGCCCUGAGGAUGGACAUUGCAGUUUUUGUAGUGCAAGCACACGAAUCUCGGCUCUCAAUCAACGAAGAAAACGCUGGGAUAGGAUUCGCGAAGUUCUACAAAGCUUUGCAGCACAAAACAGGUGAGCCUUUCAGCACCAUUCGCUCUAUUAUGUAGGAAAUAUUUUUACAACUUACCACUGUCAUGAUAGGAGCAAUAGUGGGGCUAAUUUUCUUGUAUGCCUUUUACUGCCCCAGUGUGACGAUAUUCGAAGGCGUAAACAUCUCCAGGUGAAGGUCUAUUGAGUUUUGUAGGGAAUGAUGUAGUUAUGUCCGAUAUGUAUCAAUUAACGCGGAUCUGUAUACCUCCGUCGAUUUCAGUCGAUUUCGACUGGCGGUUUCGUGUUGUUAUAAUAGUAUUCUGUAUGACUGAAUAACGCACAUUCAGCAUGCUCGCAAGUAGUAAAAAUAGUAGAAGCUACCCACUAGUACUCUUCGAUGCAUAUCAAUCAGUUUGAAUUCAAAUUAAUUUAUGUUUGUCCUUAAGCUCAUUAUAUUGCUAUUUAUAACUACAGGACAAACUGGUAAUAUAAGGGUUAAAACACACAAAUCUUAUUUAACAAACACAGGUAAAAGCUGGAGAUAAAAUUUGUAAUAAACAUAUUAAAUCAGUAAAUGGUGAUAUUAAUUUAUUUUUAUUAUAUAUAUUGUGCUUCAAUUUUUUUCAUCUUUGGUUUGAAUUUUAUUUUCCUUUGUUUCAAACUCAUUAUAAUAUAUUACCAUAUUUAUCCAAACACAAAUUUCAAGCAAGGAUAAAACUGAAUCACAACAUAUAUAUUGCAGGCAUAAUAAUGAUAAUAAUGAUGAUAAUAAUAAUAAUAAUAAUAAUAAUAAUAAUAAUAAUAAUAAAAUUAUAAUAAUGAUAAAUUUGCUUUCUUAUUUAUUAUAGUGUCCCUGUGUCAGGCUCUUAAUUGAUAUGCUAUUUUGUGUAUAAGUUAUUAUAAGAAAAGCAUUUUCCGUUUUAUCUGCUCUCACUUUCUCUACCUGUCUUGUUAGAAAGCCACUCAUAACCUUUUGCCUUUGUUAUCAGUCAAGCAGUCUUGAGAGGGGUGGGAAAAGUGGGGCCUGAUCAGCAAGGCAAAUCAAGCUUUGUUCACAUACAGAAGCUGAGUAUUAUUUCCUUCCAGACAUUUUUACAAGCAAAUAUGCGGGAAGCAAGGCUGACUGUUUACUAAGGGAAUAAAAUUUAUCCUUUGUCCAAUAUUUCAUCAGGCUAAUGUGUUUGAGGAAGUAUUGGAAAAUGGUUAAUGACCUCCUUGCUGUUUAGUAAGUUGUGCUCUAGCAUGUAUCUUCUCUACAAGAGGCCGCCCACCAGCACCCAGCAUCUUUGAGUUAUACAUUGGUCUCUAAGUACACAGUUUUUUUUCUUACUUUAUGCAUCAAACACCGUUAACCUUUCUAAAAUCAAGGGCCUUUGUAGGUUUUUACAUGAUUAUUUAAGGGUGGGCCUGUGGAGUUUGUCUGCAUUUUCUAAUGAGUUUUUUUGUCUCCCUUUUGCCUGGGAUUAAUAGUCACGUGAUGUUUAUGAGUCACUGUGUAACGAGUCUUUUUGGGCAGUUACAAUCAUAUUAAAAAACAAGUGUUCAUUGGUUUACCCUUCGUUGUUUUGGUUGUUUACUAUUUACAUUAGCAAAAUGGUUGGUUAACGGUUUGGGCAAAUGGUAAGCAAAUUUCAACACUAGUAAAUUUCUUCCCGGAAUCGCGUUUGCUAUUUGUACAAAUCAGUUGCAUUUACCAAAUCUGAUAACUGCCACGAAGGGAUGAAACUAGUAUCACAGAUGGCUUUGAAGAAGCAAUUCGAGUUACAUUUACUUUCCAACCGGAUUUUCGGGGAACGUUUUGUAAAUGGCAAACGAGCAUUUUCUCCCUGAUCCUCUGUAUCAAUGCCUGGUCUGUUGCUAUCACGGCUUGAAAAUUAAAGGAGCGGGGUAUGGUUACUUAAAAAAAAACUAUAGGAGUAACAAGUGAUUACUAUCGAGGGUUAAGAGAACGUUUAUUCAAUAGAGCCCUAAUGCUGUCGAUUUCUACAAGUUUCCCAACUAAUUUUUGGAGGUACUAUUAUGUCUAUCAGUACCGCUAAUGAUCUAAUGGAUGCCCGGGGCGUCUAUUUAAUUUUAAAAGCCCAAGCGGGGACGUGUAAUAGAUAGAGGGCGUUUGAAAGAGAGAGGCGUAUAUUUUCAUACAGUAAUGUUCAGUUAAAUCCUCCAGUCGGUAAUCAUGUUACCAUGGAGUUGCACUGGCUACUACACGGUCAACCAAUGCAGCAAAACCACUCUCAUCUUUGACUGCUUAAUAGAGGCAUUUACUGUUACCCCGUUCAAUGACCAGGCUCCAUAAAAAGGUUCCAAACCAAUGGAAAGUAUAUCUACACUACAGUACAGUUAAAUCCUCCAGUGAGUAAUCAUGUUAACAUGGAAUUGCAUUGGCGACUACACGGUCAACCAGUGCAGUGAAACCACUUUUAUCUUGCGUAGACCUCUUUGCCUGCUCAAUAGAGACAUUUAAUAGUUUAGUGAUAUUUAUCCAAGGGUUCCGUUGGUAUGGACGCUUCGCAUUCGCCAACAGCAUCUUCUUUAUCAGCAAAGUGUUUGGACAACGGCAGACAUGCUGAACAUGACCAAUAUGUUUUAAAUAUUGGCUCCUGAUCACAUUUCUGAGACUGCUUGUUUUUGCUAUGUAUGGAAUGUCUGUUGCUGAGUAUCGGAGUCUAAUUCCGCGUCCGGCUCUGCCUUUUUAGGGGUUGAGAGUCUAUGCCACAUUAACUAUUUGCCUCGACAACUCCAUCCAACAGGUCUGCAGCUUCCUGUCAUUUUCUUCAGUUAUAAACCUAUCACAAACUCCACACAACUAAUAUGUUUCGGCAAAUAUAUCUCCACAGUGUAUAAAUAGUAGACUAUCCCGACCAUCCGUUCAUACGUCUAGGCUAUGGCAGAUGUAUGACGUUUUUUCAAAAAUGACUUCGAUGUCAGAGUCCUAACUUUGAACUUGAUAUCGAAUAAGAUGCAAUGCGCAAAGUCUGAGUAAUUAACGAAGAAACUGAAUGAAUUAAAUGAUUUUUCUCUAUUUCCUAUAUGGAGCAAUUGUCAAACGGGUGGUCUAUUAGACAGGGGGCGUUUAUCAGAGUGGGGCGUCUAAUGCUAACUUCAAAAAGUGUAGGGGGCGUGUAUCAAACAAGAGGCAUUUAAAUGAGAGAGGUCGUUUAUUUGAUCAUUUUCGGUAAUUUAAUAGAUCUUUCAAUUGUUUUUGUCUUUGCAAGGGGACAAUGUUAUAAUAGUUAUCGGUGGAGAUGACGAAUACAAAGACAAACGUGAAAAAGACGAAGCUGUUCUGUCCCGCUGGGCUCGGAGGAAAGUAUCCUCGCAAUUCCAAGAAGAAUAUCUUGAUGGACGAAAGAGUUUCAUAUUUUCAUGGGACAAGAAGCACAGAAAUAUUCACGUGGAAGCAUUGUUGCAUUUCUUUGACUCAAAUAAAAAGGGCAAAAAGUUUGAACCGCUGCCGAGACUAAAAAUAUCGACACAGUCUGAUAGUCCUUCGUCAAUUAAAGUGGAAUCGAUGGCUACAGAGGACGAGGUAAUGAUACGAACCUCGAUUCAAUUUUACUUUUUCAAGCAACAUGAGUUUCUCAAUUUAAUGACUUUGUAAGUCUUGUUUCUGAAGUUGUAAGAUAAAACUUGGCAUUUUUUCUUGUAUUUGUGUGUGAGGUGACAUGCAUCAGCAAAUCCGAAUGAUGAUAGGCCAAUGAUGAUGGUUCAUUACCGUCACAGAAUUAGCGUUUUUGCUGGGCUCAUAGUAUCCAAUAUUACUCACUUUCUUGGCGGCAUUACCUUGAAGAUCCGAGACGAAUUAAAACAAUUUUCUCAUGCCCCAAAAAGUUGAGCGAGUAGGAAAACAAGUGCAGGGAGGAUUAUUUUGUAUUUAAUCUCACCUCUGUCUCCUUGGUAACAAGUAUUUUGUAUUAGCGCUAUUCAGCUGUCAUUUACAGAUCCCGAAUUAUGUAGUUAAAAUUGUGUGUUUUGUGCGCAUGCUAAUUGUAAUGGUAAUGAUCUUUUUCCUGGAGUUUUGAUCUCCUAGAAUUGUUUUUACUUUUUUAUCGCAGGAACAGGUUGAAAUCAUCAACGAAUUAGAAGAAAGAUCUAUUGAAAACCGGGCUUCGGAAGUAGAGGAUAACAAGAAACAGGACAAAGUUAAGGAAAGUGAGACAGCUGUGCAUGCGUCAGGGGGUAAGUAUAGAGGGUUACAUGGUGUCCUGUCGUAGGUCCGAAACUACAGAGAGACGCCUAAAUUGCUCUGGGCUUGAACUGUCUCGGCGAGCUGUCCAAUUAGGGACCUACACAUUGAGUAGAGGGAUGUCUUAGGGAUCUAUCUUCCACAAACCCUUCAAAGAAAAAUUUGAAAACCUCCUUUUCUUAUUUUGUCUUCUGAAGGGUCGCAAUUGAAUUACCCAGAAGGCACGGUGCUCCUAGACACUCGGCUUCGCUAUGGGGAACUGUCGUAUGACGUUGAUGAUCUGCAAAAAAUGGAGGAGAACUGGUACCCACCUCAAGAAAUACGCCAAUCCCUUCAAAAUCGGUUCAAGUCAACACCCGAAGCACAAGUGGAAUUGGUAGUUCGUCAAAACAGGCUUAUUCAGAACGUUAAUAUCUUGAAGUAUCCUUUGUGGCAGUUUUGGAGAUGGUAG